UGUGUCUUGUCGGUAUUUGUCUUUUCUUUAUACGCCCAUUUUUUUUUCUUUGUCCUUGACUUUCGUGAUCAUCAAUGGCUUUAUUUCAUGCUCUGAUCCGGACUCACCACAUCACCUCCCGCAAAAAGGUCGCGCACCUCCGAAAAGCGGCCGGCCAGUUGAACUGCUAUGCGCUCCUCCGAAGCGGGGGCUGUCCUGGCAUCAUGUAUUGCAAAGGUAGCGAGGAAGCCGUCAAGGGGUGGGUGUCCACCGUCCAAAGACUGAGAUACAAGGACUUCCAUCUGGCUUCGAAGCCUGCUCUGAUAGAGACCAAGUCGGCCCAGUUUAGUGAUCCAACGGGGCUGUUCGAGGUGGAAACAGUGAAGGAGUUCGCUGCUGUCAUGGAGAAGAGGGGGCUUUGCCAAUGGUGGGAGCAAGCCAUGGGCUUCUCGUGAAGUGUACACAACGAAGGGAUUGCCCGAGUAGGAUGUGAGGAGAAAGUCUCGAAAGUGGGCUGAAGACCCAGACAACGACGGCAACCUAAGGAACGGCAUGGCGAUAAGGCUGGAUGAAACGUACACUACAUACAGGCAUCGGAGCCAUGCAGUUGACGGAUGCACGGCUGAAGAGAAACAAGCGAAAGUGAGGUGCCAAUGUCACGUCAAAAUGCCGGGCAACAUCAUGCUGCCGUGGUUGAUUGAUCAAUAAGUAGUGUACGCUGAUACGGUAAAAUUGCUUUGUUCGCGGCAGGCAGGCAGGCAGGC